GUGUUUUCUUUCUUUCGCCCUAUUUUUCUUCAUUUUUUUUUAUUUGUUUGUCUGUUUUUUUUCGUUGUUCUCAUCUGAUUAUUUUAAUAUUAUCAACACAAAAACAUCAUCAAUUUUUUUUAAACUGAUAACAAAAUGAUGACAACAUUUGAUACAUCGACGUUGUCAACAAUGUCAUCGACAUCAACGGCCGCCGCCGCUGCUGCUGCUGCUGCUGCCGCAGCUGUGGCCACAAGCACACCAAUUAGCCAUCAGAUCAAUCAUCUAAGUAUCAAUCAUCAUAACAAUAAUAAUAAUAACCAUCAUCAUCAUCAUGAUCAUUUUGCCAAUGAAUUAAUAUCGGCAGCAUCAUCUGCAGCAGCAGCGGCAACGACCAAUUCAGUGACCAGAAAUGUCUUGUCGAACAAUAAUAAUAAUAAUAAUUCCAAUUCCAAUAAUAACAAUAAUAAUAAUUUGAAUAAUAAUUCAUCACAGCAACAAAUGUCAUCAUCAUCAUCAUCUAAUUCACCAUCAAAUUUAAGCAGUAGUAAUGAUGAUAAUUCUGUUUCAUCAUUAAACAAUUUAACAACAAAUGGCCCAUACAUUAAUGGAGUUGUCGGUAAUAAUAACAACAACAACAACAAUAAUAAUAAUAAUAAUAAUAAUAAUGGCCAACAACAGCCCGAUACAACGCAUAUGAUUCGAAUUUUUCAAGAAUGUCGAAAUCGUUUGGCACAUAAACAAAAAAAUCUUGAACAUAUAUCAAAUCGUUUACAUAAUCAACAUGGAAAAGCUCAACAAGAUAUUGAUAAUGCCUAUCAGGCCUUAAUCACUGCAUUGGGAAAAGGUAAAACCGAUUUGAUGAAAGAAUUGGAAGAUGUUUAUAAUGCACGAUUAAUAUCAUUGACGAUAUUCACAUCAAAAAUUGAAGAACAUUUGCGAAAAAUUGAACAAAUGUUAUACUACAUGGAACAAGGACAGGAUUGUCCAAACGACAUGAUUAAUUGUAAAUCAUUUAUCGAUAAUAAACUUCAAGCCAUUUUAAAUAUUGAUCUCGAUUCGAGCUUCCAUUCACAUGAACUUGAAUUUGUCACCAACUAUAAUGGUAUUCAAUCGAUACUCAAACAAAAUGUCGGUUACAUACGAGCAUCAUCAUCAUCGGAUAAUAAUAAAUAUCUAUCGAGAUCAUCGGCUACGGCCGCCAAUAAUAAUUUUCAUCAUCACCAUCAUCAACAACAUAAUUCUCAAAUGAAUGGCUUUGAUUCAUCUUCGAAUGGCUUUGUUGAUCGUUUUUCAUCAUUCAAUAUUUCACAGAAUCAUUGUUCCAACAAUAAUCGUUCGUUGUCAUCAUCAAUUUCUGAUUCAUUGAAUAAUGCAUUUAGUUAUGACAAAUGGUCAGCUGUAGGCAGUAUGAAUGGUAAUGGUUUAACUGGUGGUAGUAAUAACGGUGGAGGUGCUGGAACUGGUUCAAAUUCCUCGCCUGAUUCAACAUUAUUCUCUGCAUGGAAUAAUGUCACCGAUGGCCUUGCCGAUUUGACCGGCUCAGAUUCAAUUGAUCUCAUCAAUAAUCAUGAACAAUCAUCUUUAUCAUCGAUGGCAUCAUCAGCCAUGCCUAUCAAAUCACAAGUUCAACGACAGAAAAUGAUUUAUCAUUGUAAAUUUGGUGAAUUUGGCAUUAUGGAAGGUCAAUUUACAGAACCUUCCGGUGUGGCUGUUAAUGCUCAAAAUGACAUAAUCGUUGCCGAUACAAACAAUCAUCGUAUACAGAUAUUUGAUAAAGAUGGUCGUUUUAAAUUUCAAUUUGGUGAAUGUGGUAAACGUGAUGGGCAGCUUUUGUAUCCAAAUCGUGUGGCCGUUGUCAAACAAUCUGGCGAUAUCAUUGUCACUGAACGUUCGCCUACGCAUCAAAUUCAAGUAUACAAUCAAUAUGGACAAUUUGUACGAAAAUUCGGAGCCGAUAUUCUUCAACAUCCGCGUGGUGUUACUGUCGACAAUAAAGGCAACAUCAUUAUUGUCGAAUGCAAGGUGAUGCGUGUCAUCAUAUUCGAUUUAAUGGGCAACGUUCUACAUAAAUUUGGCUGCAGUAAACAUUUGGAAUUUCCAAACGGUGUGGUUGUCAAUGAUAAACAGGAGAUAUUCAUUAGCGAUAAUCGUGCACAUUGUGUCAAAGUAUUUUCAUAUUCUGGAACAUUUUUACGUAAUAUUGGUGGUGAAGGAUUGACCAAUUAUCCGAUUGGUGUUUGCAUCAAUGAUAAUGGCGAAAUAUUAGUAGCUGAUAAUCAUAAUAAUUUCAAUAUUACAAUAUUCACACAAGAUGGUACAUUGGUCAAUGCACUUGAAUCAAAAGUAAAACAUUCACAAUGUUUCGAUGUUGCAUUGAUGGAUGAUAAUUCUGUUGUAUUGGCAAGUAAAGAUUAUCGUAUCUACAUUUAUCGUUAUCUUCAGCUACAAUCAUUGGCUACGGCAGUUGCUACAAGCGGUAUCUGUUGAAUUUUUUUGAAUCACAAAUAUAUCCAAUCAUCAUCAUCGUUAUCAUCUCAUCAUUGUUGAUUGAUCGAUU